CUGGGCGCCAAUCAUCUAUCUAUAGCUGAACACAACACUAGCGGAGUGUAUAAUGAUAGUGAGGAGACUACGGCAUUGUACACAACAAAAAGCAUUAUUAAUAUAUACGCGUGCAAUACUCGAGGACGAGGGGAGGGAGGCUGCGGCAGGAACCACGCGGGAGUCUCGAGAGAGGACUCGGCGGGGAGUGAGGAGGAGGAGGAGGGAGGGAGGGGGUGGGAGGACGAGGAGAGACGAGCCUUAGAGCGGGGCGCAGGCGGCGGUGGACCAGCGAAGUUGCCGCGGCGGCGGCCGCGCGCGCCUCACCUACUCUUAUUUUUAACCUAA